AUGGCAGACACGACUCCCCAGACAACUGCCACCAGCAAUGUCAUCACCGCUACUAACCUCCCGCCCGGCCAGCCUGGCAAGCCAUAUGUGCUCUCAACACAAGAGGGCGAGAUCAUCUACAUCCCGCUUUCCAAGUCGGCUACCAGAUUGCUCGUGACCGGGAAAGAGACCGAAGAUUCGUUCGCAGUGGUCGGAAGCAGCGGCAGCCAGGGUGACCCCAUCGGAUUCCACUACCAUCGGGAGGCUCACGAUGUAUUUCUUUGCUUGAAGGGAAACAUCAAUAUUUGGGCGAAUGAGAAGUGCCGGACGAUGGGUCCGGGAGACUUUGCCAGCGUGCCUCCGGUAUUGCCCAAUUCUUCAAAUCUCACUCGUCACCUACUGAUUACUUUUAGGGCACCAUACAUCAAUAUCAGAUUCUGGGAGACCACUCCGAGAUGGUCGGUCUUAUCGUUCCUGGCGGCUGGGAGGAGUUCUUUCGCUUCAUCGGAGAGCCGUACGAUGGACCACUCUGGCCGGUGGAUGACCAACGGAACCUGUUCGAAGUCCUGAUCCCCAAGCUGAAAGCUGCAGCAGAGCAAUUCGAUAUGGUGCCUAUGCCGCAAUACAAGCAGUUUGGGCCUCAGCCAUGGCAAGGUGACGAAAGCAGGCUACCUGGCUCUCUCGAGCCGUACUUCCUCAAGUCUGGGACUGGACCUGCCUAUGUUGCUGGAGGAACCGUCUGCAGACCUCUCAUCACCACCGCCGAAUCGAGUGGAAAGUUUGUCAUUGGCAGCAUCGAAGGCUCAUCGCAUCAUCACGACAACGGAGUCUUCGCUCAAGGCCGACGUGUGAGAUUCCAGGGCACGCACCAUGCCUUUCAGGUCGUAGAAGGUGCAAUCGAGUUCUCCAUAGGCCCAUCGCAGCCUGCCAUCUUGCACGGUGGCGAGCUCAUUUACGUACCCAGCGAAACGGAGCUGAGCAUACGCACUCGAUCACGAUAUGCCAAAAUGUACGCUUUCUCGAGUGGAAAAGGACUGGUCGAGCUCUUGAACAGGAUUGGCAAUGCGUAUGACCAGCCCAUCCCACCUGAGAAGGCGGUGGAUGUGUCGUUGGACACUUUGAAAGCUGUGCAAGGCGAGAUUGGAUUUGAAUUGUGUUGA